GCGACGAGUUGACAUGGCAGAUUAUAUAACGCUAAACGAUGGACAUCCGAAUCCCUCAAGUAGCCUUGGGGACAUCAAGGAUUUCUCCUGAGAAGCUAGAAGUAACCAUAAAGCGAGCACUUGAAAUGGGUUACCGCCAUAUUGACACAGCGUUUUUAUAUGGAAAUGAGGAAGCUAUUGGUACAACACUCCAAGAAUAUCUGAAAUCCACUACCCUCAGUCGACAGGAGGUUCACAUCACCACAAAAUUAUCCCCAACUUAUAUGAAGGGAAGUGCCGUAGGACCAGCGUUAGACGAAAGCCUCAGGAGACUUAAACUUGACUAUGUGGACCUCUUCCUUAUUCAUACCCCAUGUGCCCUGAAGGAAAUGGAUACCUACACGGAGGAAAUUACUCAAUCUACGGAACUGAUGUCGGUUGAUUUAAGAGAAACAUGGAAGGCUAUGGAAGACACAGUCUACAAGGGCAAAGCGCAUUCGAUCGGUGUGUCAAACUUCAAUACCAAGCAACUAGAUUAUAUAUGUGAGGUUGCCCGUAUUCCACCAGCUGUCAAUCAGGUGGAGGCACAUGUCAGGUUUCCCCAGAAGAAACUCCAAGAGUUUUGUAAAUCCAGGAAUAUCCAACUCCAAGCAUUCAGUCCACUAGGAUCCCCCUUCUUCACCGGAACGACAGAUAUCAAUAGAGUACAAUCGUCGGAUAACUUGGUAGAACAUCCUGUUAUUAUGGAAAUUGCCGAGAAGUAUAAACGCACACCUGGACAGAUCCUUCUUCGGAACCUUGUUCAAAGGGGUAUAGCUGUAGUUCCGAAAUCCGAAAACCCACAGAGGAUGAAAGAGAACUUACAGAUUUUCUGUUUUUCUUUGAGUGAUGCUGAUAUGAACAAAAUGGACGAACUUGACAACGGAAUACGUCGAUUCGUCUUUCUGUGGUACAAGAAUCAUCCUCAGUAUCAUUACGACGUUUGUUGAAACAAGGAUUUGAAACAGCUUCUAAGAGUGACAGUAUAUAUCUAAGCUAUCACUACAAAGACUUUGCGAGUUUCGUCCGAUGAUUCAGAACUGUGUGGCUAAGGUGCUGUAGCAUGCUCUUGUUAUAUAAAUGUUUUGACUGUCAAGAGUUCUAUGCCUGUGUAUUUAGUACCAUGAUGUACUCAAUAUCCGUUAUUGAAUAAUUGAAAAUAUGUAACCUCUACGACAAUGUUCCCAGGCGGCAUUUGGUUUCGGCCUCAGACAAGGUGGAUUUUUCCCUUUGAACUGCAUACUAGUAUAUGUCUAAUACCCAUUUUAUUUCUUUGCAAUACAAUAACCUAUGUUCA